ACUGGCUGUCGGGGCGCUUGACAUCAGUGAAGUGAGCCCCGCCCGGCUGCCCGGCCCGGCAGGCAGAGGCAGUGCAGAGCCAAGUGAUCGCCGAUAUCGUUCGCGUUAGUAGGAGCGUAAGGAGCCCACACCUGCCCUGACCGCGCACCUGCUCCCAUGGCGGUGGAGCCCGCGGGGGGCCAGGACCUCGGCCCCACAUGACUGGGCUGGUGGCGGCCGCCCCCGGUGUGGUGGGAGUGGCGGGGGUCGCGGGGGCCGCGGGGGCGCUGGGGGCCGCCAUGCCCGCCCUGGAGGGGAUGGACAACCUCAGCACGCAGGACCCCGCCUCCCCCGCCGGCCCCCCUCUGGACGAGCUCACGACCCCCACCAUGGUGCUAUUAGCAAAUAUUAACGGUGCAUUUCACCAACCAGAGGAAGCAAUCUUGGCGAAGUGGAAACUCCUUUACGACGGUCGGCGGUUCGCCGCGCAGUUCCUAUGCGAGCACCGUGCCCUUGAACCUUUAAGGACGGGAGCGUCUCACAACAGCUGUCACUGUGAGGACUCGGCGUCUCUGCACGCACGGAAAUGGAAACAGCAAAGAGGAUAGUAUCUAAAAAUGAAUCUUUCUGGUGAUCCUGAUCGUCAUGUCCAUCGCCGGCAACGUUCUGGUGUGCGUGGCCAUCUACACGGAUCGCGGGCUGCGCAGUAUCGGCAACCUGUUCCUGGCCUCGCUCGCCAUCGCCGACCUGUUCGUCGCCGCGCUCGUCAUGUCGUUCGCCGCCUUCAACGACCUGCUCGGGUACUGGAUGUUCGGGCCGCAGCUCUGCGACACGUGGAUCGCCUUCGACGUCAUGUGCUCCACGGCCUCCAUCCUCAACCUGUGCGCCAUCAGCCUGGACCGUUAUAUCCACAUCAAGGACCCGCUCAGGUACGGGCGGUGGGUGACGAGGCGCAUCGCCAUGGCCUCCAUCGGCUGCGUGUGGAUCAUGGCGGGGCUCAUCUCGUUCCUGCCCAUCAGCCUGGGCGUGCACCGGCCCGACGAGCCGCAGCCCGUGGUGGACGGCAAGCCCACCUGCGCCGUCGAGUUUGCGCCGACCUACGCUGUCGUGUCGUCAUGCAUCAGUUUCUACGUGCCCUGCGUGGUGAUGCUGGGCAUCUACUGCCGCCUGUACUGCUACGCGCAGAAGCACGUCAAGAACAUCCGCGCGGUGACGCGGCCGCUGGCGGCGCAGGCGGCCAACAGCAAGGUGGGCGGGCCGGCGCUGCCACUGCACCUGCACGCGCACUCGUCGCCCUACCACGUCUCGGACCACAAGGCCGCCAUCACGGUGGGCGUCAUCAUGGGCGUGUUCCUCGUCUGCUGGGUGCCCUUCUUCGUCAUCAACAUCGUGGCCGCCUACUGCAAGGACUGCAUACCCUCGUCGGCCUUCAAGGUUCUCACGUGGCUCGGCUACUCCAACUCCGCCUUCAACCCCGUUAUCUACUCCAUCUUCAACAAGGAGUUCCGGUACGCGUUCCGCCGCAUCCUGACGGCCCGGUGCGGCGGCUACGAGAGCGUGUCGACGCGCGCCGGCGCCUACCUGGACCGCAAGCGGCCCACGCCUUCCAAGAUGGCGUCGUCCGCGUCCAUCCAGUCCAACAACAAGCUCUCGUUCGCCGCGGUCACGCCGCCCCGGGGCUCGGCGGUCGGCCUGUGCGCCAACAAGCACAACGGCUCGUGUACGCACCUCCGCGACUACACGCCCAGGUCGUCGCUGGGCUCCAUCCGGCAGACGCGGGUCAACUCGUCGGAGAAGCUCGACGGCGAGGAGGUCUCGGCCAUUUGAUGCGGUCCGUCAGCGGCGGCGGGGUCCGCGGGCGGCGACUGCUGAGGCCCGCGUCGUCGUGUGGCCUCGGCCUGACGGACGUACUUGUGCACCACUGUGCUGCCCCGCCUCGUGCGGCGGCCUCCCCGUCGGUGUCGUCCCCGCCCCGUUCUGGGACGCUCCUUAUCUUGUCAGGUUGGCGUCUGUCCCAACCCUAAAUAAUUCUUCUCUAGUCUCCGUGGCCAUUAUCACUCUGACUCUGCUGCACGUUGGUAGAAGCUGAAGAAAGUGAGUCCGAAACGGGCAUACACGAAAAACUGUCGAGAAAAUGUUUGUGAGUGGAGCACACGAUGUGGCCUCCAGCGCUGCGUCACGUCCAGCCGCAGUACCGGCCAUUGGGCGCGUGAUAUCGCCCUGCCAUUACUAGAAAUUGUUUCAAAAUGUUUCUAUACGCCAUAGACACACAGUGUCGGAGGGAACACGCGUGUCGACAUCCACGGACCACCGCUUCCGAAAAGCCUCCAAACGAAGAGUUCGUUUUGUCUUUUCAGCCGAGCCAAGAUGCUGUAGAGCAAUAACCACCCAAGUGCAAUGUUAUUAUUUUGUUUUUGUUCUUGUUUUUCUUUGUUUUUAUGUACGUCUUAUUUUUAACUUUACUUUGUAUAAUUGUGUCAAAUGUAAAUCGAAAACCUGUGAGAUAUGUAUGUGUACGUCGAUCUUAAGUUAAGCCCUUUAUUUAAUUGUGUCAAUAUCAUCCUUGCUGUGAGUAACUCGUGUUUAGUGUGAUGAGUCGGUGAGUGAAUCUUUGUGUGCAAAUGUUUUGCGCCGCGUGGCAUACUCGACAAAGAAAAAUAUGCGCGCGACUCAAAAUAUUACAUUUUGUGAUACAUACGAUAGAAAUGAGGAAAAUAAAAGAAAAAGUAUGCGUUCAAAAA